UGGUGUUUGCACGUUGGCAAAGCAAUGACUGCUUUCUCGCUUGUGCAUUUUCUUCAGUUGCGACUAGCUACUCGACAUGGAUCGCGAGGGGAAGCCAAGCAAACGACGUACUAGUACUGGUUCCGGGAGCAUGGAGCAGUCUCCGAAAAAACCGAAGGGGACACCAACGGCUGGCGUGGGGGCUGGCGACACAUCGGGGUCUAAGGGCCACCGAACCCCAGUGCUGCGGGGUGCACCUUCUACGGGCACUCCUUCCGCCCAUGUUCGAGGUUCGGGACCGGAUUCGGCUGUGUUGAUGACUGGUGGGGCUGCGGGUCAAGAAGAGGAGGCUACUGGUCGGCAGGGGAAAUCUACGAUGGACGUUGUGUCUAGGCGUAAAAGGUCUGGUGAGACAUCCGUUGCAGGUGUGGGAGACGAGCUUUCUGUCGUCGACCACAAAGACAGGUGCUGGAUGUUGGAGUGGGUGGGUGGAAUCGGGGAACCCUCGGGUGGGCUGGUUUUGUACGUGGUGAUCAAAGAUAACAUUGUUCCGAUUGGCGGUGUGGUGAAGUGGAGUGGAGGAAAUUCACAGUUCGCCAUGUUGGAGUUGACGAUGGUCCUUAACGCUAGAGGUGAGCGGAUGGCGAAUGUCAAACGCGUUGCUCUUCGUUGGGCCAAACACGCUGGGUACGGCAAGAAGCUUUAUGACAUUUUCAAUCCGCCCGGGACGAAGAAAUUGAUGUUGCCGGACCUUCGAGCAGUUUUCACAUUCUUCGACAAAAAUGUGGUCGCAGGGCAUGAGCCGGUGGUGCAUGCUUUCGACCGCAUAUCUAAACCGAAAAGCGUGCUUUCGUCGUCUUUGGAGGAGGCUCCGUCGUCGAAACCAAUCAUUAUAGGUGCCCGCCCACCGCCAUCGCUUCGGACUACGGUUGCUGCGGAGGCGGCUCCGUCGUCGAAACCAAUCAUUAUAGGUGUCCGCCCAACGCCAUCGCUUCGGACUACGGUUGCUGCAACACGAGUUCCAAAAUCUGGGCAGAUCGGGGAGAAAGGUCCGUGUCGYGGGCAAAUCAUGCCGUCAGCCCCUGUGAAGCGUAGACCAACAUCAACCAAGGAACCCGUUUCCUUGGUCCGCCCGCCACGCUAUGAGUUGGUCAUUCCUGCUGGGUCGCAUUAUUUUGGAGAUGACGACGAGGAGAACAGCAAGGAAGAUUGGGAGCGCGAUGAAGAACGCGAAGAAUAUGAGGAGGGUGGCGAAGAAGAGGAAGUAGAGAGUGAGCACACAAUCAGCGAGAGGGGUGGGCCAGGCGAAUUGGAGGGUCGUCUAGGGGUUGAGUAUGAGGACGAAGGGCAAGAAGAGGAAACGACCAGCGAGGGAGGGUAUGAGAUGUGCAUUGGGGUUCCAAACGAAUGCAGCUGCUCGCUUCGGGUCAUGGGCAUUGGGAAGCGGAUCCAGGGAGCGGGGAAAUGCACCGCGAAGUUGGGGUUGAGCCGGUGCAUGCCGAUGCAGCCCGACUAGCUGAGAAGAAAAGGAAGAACAGGCAAGAGAGGAGAAGUGCUUUGGACAGU